ACAUGAAUCUUUCUUUAAAUGAUAUUUGAUGACUGUAUUAAUGUAGUGUGUCCUCUCCCAGCUUCCUAAAUUUCAACAGGAUGGCUCUUGACUACCCUGUUCCAGAGAUGGAUGUGACCUUGCAGGAAGUUUGCCGCAUUCUCCAGCUCACUUUAAGUCCUGAUCUUUAUGCUGACUUCAAAAGCACGCUGGAGAAGCAAAGACCACUUCUUGAAGAGGCCCAGCAAAAAUUUGCAUCCAGAGUUGCAGGUCAAGAGAAUUGGGUGACGGAGCAAUUCAAAAAAAGUCUGUUAUCCUGUACAGACCCGCUGUCAACUGCCACUGCGCUGCCAGUUGUUCUUCUACCAUCCAAAGCGAAGGGAUGCAACCAGUUAAAGAGAGCAGCUGCUCUGCUUUGGGCAGCAGCAAAGUUGUACAGCGAGCCAAAGAUGCUGGAGGGUGACGUUCCCAUGGAACAAACGCAGCAAUCUGAGGUUUUUGCUGCCACUCGAAUUCCUGGCAAGAGUCAAGAUGAAAUCAAGGUAUACCCAGAAAGCAUUCACGCCAUUAUCACUUGUGUUGGAGGAGUGUUCCCGGUUGACAUACUGCAGCGUUCCAGCACUAGUGAGCCAUUAUCUGCUCGAUCCUUCACUGACAUUUACAACCAACUGGCUAAAAUGGCGGACCAGCUCACCACAGGAAGGCAGAAUGACCCCUUGGCCAUUUGUAGCCUCUCUGCUUUGGAGCGGAAGUCCUGGGCUAUCAUCAGGGAAGAGAUCAUGGAGAAAGGAGGAGCUGCUGCAGCAUCACUGCAGAUAAUGGAGAGCGCUGUGCUGUCAUUAAGUCUCGAGGACUGCAACGCACCUUCUGAAUUGGCUGACAUCCUCAACGCAGUAAGGCUGGGAGGAGGAGAUGGUCCCUGUCUAAGAUACUAUGACAAGGUGAUGAAUCUGGUGGUGUUCAAGGACUGCACAGCCGGGAUGGUUUUUGAGCACUGCGCUGUGGAUGGGAUGGUGGCUGGCCUUAAGCCAAAGAGGCCUGUAUGA